AUGGGAGGAUGGGUGCAGGGGGAUUGGAAGUGGGGUGACUUAGGGGUGCGUUAUGGGGCUGAACUGGAGCUGACAGUGCUGCUGAACCGGUUUGUUCAGGGGCUACCAGCGGAUCUCCCCUUGACGGAAGGGCCGGACGCGACCAAGUGGCGGUUGGAGGACUCCGGGUCUUAUUCCGUGGCUUCUUGUUUUAAUGAGAUCCGUAAGUUAUCUUUUCCGUUCGGUCCGGUUAAUCGUUUUGACUUCAUUUAUUCUUUAAUUUGGAAAGUGGAUGUUCCUCUUAAAGUGAAAGCUUUUGGGUGGAGAUGUUUUAAAUAUAAGAUUCCGACAAGAAAUGCGCUUUUGAUCCGAGGUAUCCCUCUAUCCUCUUCGAAUCUCGUUUGCGUCCUUUGUGAUGAGAGUAAUGAAAGUGUUCCCCAUUUGUUGUUGGAUUGGCGGAUAGCGGAAGCGGUAUGGUUUAAUAUGUCCCUUUGGAUAGGAAUGAACCUUGUAAAAGCUAAUGAUAUUAUGGAGAGCUUUUGGAAUUGGAAUUAUUUUUGUUUUAAGAAAGUAAGGAAAGACAAAGAGGGUUGCAUUUGGUUGGCAAUUGUUUGGACUCUUUGGCUUAAUAGGAAUGAUAUUAUCUUCAAUAAUUCCAUUUGCAAUGUUAAUGAUUUGGUGUGGUCUUGUAAGAUGCUCGUUUGGAGAUGGUCCUUUGUUGGGAAAACUUCUAACUCUCCUUGCAACUUCUAUGAGUUUUGCAAAUCCCCUUUGUAUUACUUAAGUUAG